GAGGGAAGUGUGAUGACGUAGAGGAGGGUGGUCCAAUAGUGUGUUGAGCAAACCGCAGAUCUGUUAACGUUAUUGAUAGUACACUGUGAUUGAGUUAUUACCAUCAGUCGUUUUUACCAUCAGUUCAACCAGCGCAGUUCCCUGUUCACCUGAGAGCUUACUACAGCCAGAGUCAGCAGGAUGGAGGAGGAGGAGGAGGCCAGGUGCUUCCUGGGGAGGUUUGUGGAGGAUUUCCCAGCUGCUCUGGAGGAAGACAGUCCACUGCCUGUCAACCCUCUCAGCCGCAAAGUCUCGCAGGAGGAGCUGCUUGGAGAGAGCCUGGAGCUGGGCCUGAGGCUGCUGGCUGCCAGGGAUGCUCCUGCGGGCCUCAGUGCUGUCCUGUGCCAAGCAGCACUGUCCCAGCUACUGCAGAACGACCUUUCACCUUUCCACUGCCUGCAGGAAGCUGAGGCUGACCACAAAGAGGAACAGAAAGUCGUCUUACUUGAGGCAGUGGCAGUGCAACGUCUCUUCCUAAACAAGCUGAUAAAUGUGGCGCUUGCAUGGCAUCAAAACUUCCCAAAGCUCCCACCCGCCCCCUCUCGUUUCCUCCGCUGCUCUGUCCACGCCAUCAAGAACACGAGGAGGAAGAUGGAGGAUAAGCACGUGGCCCUGGCUGAGUUCAACCAGCUCUUUGGGAUCCAGGAUGGAGUGGAGCGUGCCUACUACGCUGUGUUCGAUGGCCAUGGAGGGGUGGACGCUGCCACCUAUGCUGCCACUCACCUCCAUGUUGCUCUCAGUAAACAGGAGGCCCUGCAGAGUGACGCAUCCACAGCCUUUAAAACUGCCUUCAAACAUACAGAUGACAUGUUCAGAGGCAAAGCCAAGAGAGAGCGUCUGCGGAGCGGCACUACAGGCGUGACGGUGUUGAUCCAGGGUCAAGAGAUGACUGUGGCCUGGCUUGGAGACUCUCAGGCAUUACUGGUCAGAAAGGGACAGGCUGUAACACUCAUGGACCCCCAUAAACCAGACAGAGAGGAUGAGAAACAGAGAAUUGAGGAUCUUGGUGGCUGUAUCACCUUCAUGGGUUGCUGGCGUGUCAACGGAACCUAUGCUGUAUCCAGAGCUAUAGGUAGGUCAAUCACAUCCAACAAGAACAAGGAACACCAGAUUUGUAUGGAAUCCCUCUUUUCACUGCCGUUAACAUUAGAAUAA